AUGGGCUGCACAGCCUCUCGGCCGAGCAACCGAGUCGCGGAGGACUCGGAGGCAGACCUGUGGGUCGCAGGGCGCUCCAAGUCGAAGACCGCACAUCUGCAGACGAAGUACGCCGAGCCUUUCGUUCCGAACAGGCGCUACCACGCGGCGGUGGCGCAGCAGGUACAAACACGGCAGGUCUCACACACUUCCGGCCAGAACUCCUUGAAGCGCCGCAACGCGGGCAAGGCGCAAGUGCCCGCUAGAGAGUCCUCGAUGCACUCGGAGGCAGACGUCCGCAGUACGGCGACCAACCCUCAGGUGGAGGACCUUGAUGCCUUUGUGGUGCCGGGCAUGUCGGGUCACGGCAGGGACUCGCAGCGCAUGACCGGGCGCGAGCAGAUGCUGCUCAACGUCGUGCAUACGCGCAAGCAGUUCGCCGGUACGCCCCGAGGACAACGACGACGCGCCGCGUGUGUUCGUUGCGAACAUGUGUGUACGCCUGCGUGUACGCGCAUCGUCAGCUGCUGCUCAGCGCAGCGCCUCAAGUGCCCGCGCCGGCCGCGACGCCCCGCAGCGAGCCUGGCCGAGACGGCCGAGGGAGGCUCCUGGAACGCCGCCAGGCGAGCGCUGCGUGACACCGAGGCCGACGCCCAGGGCCCUGCCAUGGACUCCCACGUGGCGCGCAAGGACGAGUUCACCUACGGGGGCGCGUACUGGGCCGACAGGAUGCUCGACCACGGCCGCAAGAUGAGGAACAUCUGCUUCUGA